AAAUGCGUAAAAUGUUUACGCAUAUACUGUCGAGUUCGAUGUAUAUGUAGUGAAAAGCACGAGAAGGCUCUUAAAUUCUCCCUUGUAGGCAAAACUCUGUUGUAGACAUCGUAUAUCAUGGCGGCUUGUUGAGUCAAAUUUCGCAGUAUAAUGGAGUCGGAUAGUGUGCCGAAAAACUCCUCUUCUCCGGCUCCUGAAAUAGAUCUACUGCCAAAAUAUACUAUCCCUGGCAUUCUACAUUUCAUUCAACAUGAAUGGACGCGAUUCGAGAUGGAUAGGGCGCAUUGGGAGGUCGAAAGAGCUGAGCUACAGGCAAAAAUUGCAUUCUUGCAAGGAGAACGGAAGGGUCAGGAGAACCUCAAGCAUGAUCUCAUUCGUCGGAUAAAGAUGUUGGAAUACGCUCUGAAACAAGAACGUGCCAAAUAUCAUAAACUAAAGUUUGGUACUGAGCCAAAUCAAGAAGAUUUAAAGCCCCCACAGUUUAAAGACCCAUCUGGAACAGAAAAUUCUGAGACCCAACAGAAUAGCAAGACAGGUUUAAACUGGCGUCAAGGAAGGCAAUUAUUACGACAAUACCUUCAAGAGAUUGGCUACACGGAUGCAAUACUUGAUGUAAGGUCAUCUAGAGUGCGACCGUUACUGGGCUUGACUGCAAACGACCCAGCAAAUAAAACCAAGCCGGGGGAAAUAGCAAAAGCCAAUCAUGUGAAUGAUUCAGAAGCCACCACGUCCACUAAACCUGGAGCUCUGAGGAUUACUGCAGCUUCCACAGCAAAAGACCUGAACAUCUCAAUCAAAAGUCGUCCUCGAGAUGCUGAGAAGACAACAAGCGAGGAUGAGGCCAUAUCAAAUUUUGAUUUCCUUCAAAAUGAAGGCGAGGAUGAGAAUGUUAAUGAAAACGAUGCUGAUGAUGCAGAUGAUGGCGGCAACGCCGAUGAUGAGUCGGAUGAUCGAGAUGAUGACGUCAAAGAAAGAACAAGAGUUGUGAAAAAAAUCAAACAAGACGGUUUUGAAGAGACCGUGAUAGGAGACCCAGAAACGGACCAAGUUCUGGCUGAGUUUGAUUUUCUCGCUGAUGAAAACAAAUCGGAUGUUUCCGACAAUGAUUCGCUGAGUAAAGAAUCUUUAAAAGAACAAGAACUGCACGUCGGGAACACCCCUACUGGCAAUGACGAGUGGGGCGUGGACUCUAAUACGCUUGCUAAGUUAAAAGAGCAAUAUAAGAAAGACGUGAAGCGAAAAAAGAAUCAGAAACGACCUCCAAGAGGUGCCCUUCAAGCGAUGUUAGCGAACCUGAAUGGCGAGGAUGAUGCCGUUCCCGCGCAAACUCCCGCGAUAGUUGGCCCACUCCCCAUUAAGAUGUCCGGGGGUCGAGCUCUGGCCGAAGUCCCACCUAUGGGAAACAUCACAAUCGAAAGGAGUGCCGCUCCUGCCGCAGAUAAUGACGUCAAUGAAGCAAUGCCUGUCGGGAACACUGUCCGGGAGAACAUCGAAGAUGGACUGGGGCUUGGUGACCUGGCAGGAAUUACGGUCUCGAACGAGGCUGAUCCAUUGAGUUAUGACGUUUCAAAUAAAGACGAAGUUAGGAGGACUUGGAGUCCAAAGUUUACGUUAAGAAGUCAUUUUGACACGGUUCGUACGAUAUGUUUUCAUCCGUUCGAGAGCGCUGUGCUCACUGGUUCUGAAGAUCACACUGUCAAGUUGUGGAAUUUAAAUAAAACUUUGCCCACGAGAAAAGGCAAUGCUGUCGAAAUCGAACCAAUACAUUCUUUUAGAGGUCAUAGCGGGGCUAUUUUAUCAAUAGAAGUCAAUCCAACAGGAGAGACUUGUUACACGGCAAGUGCUGACGGUACAAUAAGGUGCUGGAAUUUGCCGUCAUUAGAAAUUGAUCCUUACGGGCAGUUUGAUGCUAACACUGUUGGUAUCGUUCUGACGGGGCACACGAACGCAGUCUGGGAUCUAGCCGUUCAUAACCAACAGAAUUAUCUACUGUCUUGUUCGGCUGAUGGUACCUGUAGAAUAUGGAAUCCAACCAUUAAAACACCAUUAGUCAAUACAUAUCCUGCUACCAAAGGUGAAGCUCAAAAUCAAGGCAUUGCAACUUCAGUUGAUUUUGUUCGUAAUGAACCAAAUCAAUUCGUUGUCUCAACGACAACUUCAAUGUGUUCAAUUAUUGACACUGAAACCGGAGAUGAAAUUGUCGCUUUGGAUAGCAAUCGAACUUACGAUAAUACACCAGCCACUCAAAUAAACAAAGUUGCAAGUCACCCGACAAUGGGAGUUACUGUCACCGCACACGAAGACAGAUAUAUACGUUUCUUUGAUAAUAAUACUGGUAAGCAAAUCCAUUCAAUGGUUGCUCACCUGGAUGCGGUCACGUGUCUUUCUGUGGAUAGUCCAGGACUUUAUCUAUUAUCGGGCAGUCACGAUUGUUCAAUUCGUCUUUGGAAUCUCGAAACGAGAACUUGCGUGCAAGAGAUAACAUCACAUCGUAAAAAAUUCGACGAAUCCAUCUACGACGUCGCGUUUCAUCCGAGGAAGGCGUACAUAGCGAGCGCAGGCGCAGAUGGUUUAGCCAAAGUAUUCCUCUGACCCCAUAUACCCCCUGUAGCAUAACCCUGUGGUACCCACUACAUCCUCCCACGCACCCAUGGAGCUUACGAAGGAAACUUCUCAUCUCGGCUGUGCCCAGCGAAUAGCUAUGAACGUGAGCAGAAAACUGGUAUUUAUUUUCGUGUCGUAUAUAUACGAUGUUUUAGCUUAGUUCUCUAGACGUCUUAAUUGCAUGGUUCUGCAUUCCCUCUGAACUAGGAAAGUCUCUGUCCUUUUGCAGCAAGAAAAUCCAAUCAAAUUACCAUUACUUCACUGUAAAAGUUGUUCCAAAAUCCGAAAUAUUGCAUGUGUCGAGCGCAUUAGAAACAUCUAUUCUUCUAAUGCUUUCGAGAUUCGGCAGUGGAACUUAUGAAAAAAGUGAUAAUCGAGACUUUCCUAGAUAAGAACAUUGCACUAUCUAAUAGAUCUUUCUUAUAAUGACGUCAAACGCGGAAAGUCUGAUGUUACACGAAAUUUGAUUGGCUCCACAAAACUAUCGAGCCAAUCAAACUUCGUGUAACAUCAGGCUUUCCGUGUUUGACGGAGUUAUGAAAAAGGUCUAUUGUUAACAGUAAAACAUCAUUCUGUUAACGAAUUGUGGGUCGAAAUGCUUUCUCGUGCACUGACGAGAAACCGGUGCGGAAUCUCAGCUGUUCACCGACAGUAAAUCAAAGCUUGUUCCAUACUGCGUGCGAUUCGGCGGGGACUGUAAGAUUUGAAACAGGGAAACAAGAAUUUGGCGCCGUAAUUUAUUAUGUACAAUGAGAUAUAAAUACAUAGUUACUGUUGUAAAUG